AUGAACAAGCUAAACGAGGUCAACGAAAUGGCGGAUAUACCCGAUCAACCGCACAUUCCAACACGAUUCAUGAUCUUUUCUGAUACCCAUAGAAUGAACCACGUAUUGGACGGCUUCUCGAGAAACUACGCAGACGUCGUGCUUCACUGCGGAGACUUUACCAGGAAAUCCAAACUAAACGAGUUCAAAUACACCAUUCAGUCCCUUCAGGCCAUGAACGCCCCGCUCAAGCUCAUAAUAGCCGGCAAUCAUGAGUUCACUAUGGACAUCCCAGCCUUUCGUCAGAGAGUGAAAGAGGCCAACCCGCCCUUGGGUUCUGGCCUUGUUGAAGAAACCUACGGCUCAGACGGAGAGGCAAGACGACUAUUCAGCGAGGAAAAAGGCAUCACAUUCCUGGAUGAAGGCACCCACACAUUUCGCCUGAGAAACGGGGCGCUUUUAAAGAUCUACGCCAGUCCAUAUACCCCAUCAUUGGGCGAUGGAGGAUUCCAGUAUACCCCAGAUCGGGGCCAUGACUUUUCCAUCCGCAAUGUCGACGUCGUGAUGACACACGGUCCGCCAAAGGGCAUUCUGGAUAACAGUUACUCCGAAGCACACGCCGGUUGCCCCUUCCUAUUUGAGGCUGUUGCUCGAGCGCGACCGCUGAUGCACUGUUUUGGGCAUAUCCAUGAAGGCUGGGGUGGGAAGUUUAUCACAUGGCGACCAAAGAUGAGCCCGAAGCCUUCCCACUUGACGGAUAUCUAUAACCAGGAUUCUCAUGUGAUAGAAAAGCUUUCUACACUUUAA